AUGUAAUAAAAAUUGUCUUAAGUUAAUACAAAAACAAAUUGGGAUGAUAUUAGAAAGGAAUAAAUGCGAUAAAUAUUAGAGCAAGGUACUUAGAUUUAUGAAUCAUAUAUUGUUCAGGUUCAAAUAUGACAGAUGAUGAUGUUGUUUAUCUAAAGCAUUGUAUUAAAAAUUUUAGUGGACCAACUGCAUAUAUGUGGUUAGAAAGUAAUCUUAAAGGAAAUCAAAUUAAUGAAGUUCAUAAUAUAUAAUUACAUUAGAUAAUAAAGCAUAUAAAAAUAGCUACAAGUAAUGAUGGAACGAAUCCAAUAUAUUUUGUUUAAGAAGGUAUGAUAAUAAAUUAUAAUUAGGUGAAUUAAGUUCGAAGACAAGAGUAUACAAAAAAGCUGAAGUUGUUUAGAAUGAAGAAGUUGAAUUUGGAGAAGGAGCCAUUGCUUUUUAGGUCGACAGAUAAUUAUUCAACUCAUUUAAAAAUGUAUUCAGUUGUAGCAAAUUAAAAAGAGCACCGAAUUGUAGGAAUUAGAAUUAAAAUCACAAAAUUUAUAACGUUGUAUUCCAAUUAGAUCUUUUGACAUAUAAAAAAAAUAGGCUUUGUUGACAUUAUUUAAGGAAACUAAAAAAAAGUUUGGUAGCAUAAUGACAGUUCCAGAAGGAGGAACAGCAAGUUUGUAUUUUUAAACAAAAGGUGUAACAUUAAUUUUUACUUCGACAAAAAGUCAUAAUUUCAUUAUUGUUGGAUGUAUUCAAAAUUCUGGAGUAUUCAAUGAAUAAAAAUUAUUAUUUGAAUAAGGAUCAGAAUAUGGAAGUAUAUCUAUAUGUGAAUCUACUGUAAAAAUUCUUUAUGAAUAUUAGCUAUAUUAAUUAUAAGCAGAAGAUGUAACUAAAUUGCCAGAUGAUUGUAUACAAUCUUUAAGAGCAGGUUUUUUAGCUAAGAGAAUUAUCUAUAAAUCUAUAGUAGAAAAAUGUCAAUAGAUGAAAGAAGAUGAUGAAUUUGUUGAAUUCUAAGAUAAAAUUUGUAAGAAGUAUUAAAUAGAAUACAGUAAUAUUUUAAAUGUUAUCUAAAAAAAUACAAAAAAUGGAAAGAUUGAAUCUACAGAUAAAUAAGAAUUAAUUGAAAAAAAUAAAUAAAUGUUCGAAAAAACAAUUGGUGGAAAUAGAAUGAAUAAUGUUUUAAGUUAAAUGAGUGAUAAAGAAAGGACAUUAUGUUUAGGAACUCCAAGAAUUGUUAAUAAAUAAUCAACAUUCUUGGGUUUAACAUAAGAAUAAGAAACAUCUUUAUUUGCUUUAAGAUAACUUGGUAUUAAAUUAGUUUAUCUUAAGCUACUGAUCUAAGAAAAGGAAAUUCUAAUACAAAUUAAAUUAUUCCUUUAUCUAAAGAAUCUGUCAAUAAAGCUAAAUAAGCUUUACUUUAAGAAGAAAAAAUUAAUAUUGGGGAUGUAUUAUAGAGAAAAACUAUUUCUACAAAAUUGCAAGAGGAUCCUUCUAAACUUGAAAAAAUGAAGAAAGACAAUUCUGAAUUGUUAUCUUAAUAUCCUUAAGAAGAAGAAGAGAAAGUUCUAAAAAUACAUUCUGAAGAUACAAAUAAAGAAUCAAAGACAGAAUCAGAUAAAAAUAAUGAUUAAUGUGAAUUUAAAGGAAGACCUUUAGGAAGAUAAAGUUCUAUAAAAGGAUUAUAAACAGCAUAAUAAAUUUAAAUUGAUAAAAAAAAUAAAUUGCUUUAAAGUUUAGUUUGA